CAUGGAUUCAUUUCUGGACUACCGCACCUUAGUUUUUUGCUGGAGCAUUGAAGCUGGGGGGUCUUAUUCAUUUUGACAGCGAAGAACCCAGCCGCGACAUUUCAACGUUACCGCAACACUGUGCACGUUUUCACUCGUGACACUUUUGACCAACUCAUCGUCCCAAGCCUUCUGUUUACUUGUCAUUCAUUAAUCCCGAGCUUCUGACUUAAAACCAUCCUCCGGCCUGGUCGCCUGGAUAAACUCGACUUUCGCUCGUUCCUAGACGCAACAAGCUGUCUUUGACCUGACGCCCGUCUGCCAUCUUAUACAGAUUACGCCAUCGUGCCUGGUCUUUUUUCGAGUGGCAAAUCUCUGUCCGAUACCGAUCCAGCGGGUCAGGCUACCGUCCAAGUCGAGCUAUCCUCCUCCCGUUCGGCGCGGCACGUCCCUUUAGGCUCCGCAUCCCGAUCCUAGAAAAAAAAACCAACAAGAACUUCUAGAAACCUAGAACACACGCGCGCCCGAAACACACCUAGCCAUUUCGGACUACCGCGGAUACCCUUUCCUCCGAAAGCAAAACCUAAUACUCAUCUCUGGCUCGUCCUUGUACAAACAAAAAUAAAACGAUGCAGCUGUCAUCACCGACGAGGCGGCGGGCGCCAAAGACGAUCCUCUCGCUCCUGAUGCUGCUCCCCGGCAUCAGCACGGCGGCGAAGCUAGAGUGCGACAAGAUCGCCACCGAUGGCUUCACGUUCAACCUGGACGCGCUAAAGGGCCCGCACACGGUCAUCACGAGCGUGCACCACGGCACGCGCUUCACAAACGUCACAUACUCACUCGACCUGUGCGGGCCGCUCAAGAGGAAGGACGACGUCAAGAAGGAGGAUGCGUGCCCUGAGGGUUCAUGGGUAUGCGGCAUCUCACACAACAUCGACACGGCAUCCAAGACGGACUCGAUCGUCGAGAUCCGCCCCAUCGCCGGCGACGUGGACGGGGCGACGCUGGACCCGGUCGCGACGCGGCUGAGCACGUCGAGCGCCGACGGGGACAAGGACAAGGUCGGCGUGCGGCUGGUCCUGCAGGGCGGGCACUACAACGGCAGGAAGCAAAAGGCCGUGGUCGAGGUGCUCUGCGACGACAAGCUCGACGGCACAGAGGGCGAGUGGAAGUCGGACGAGCUGGGCAUCCCCCCGCCUCCCUCUGCCAAGACCGCCGAGGACGGCAAGGACAAGGACGACGUCCCCCACCAGCUCAAGAAGGACGGCGCGGCGCUCAUCUGGGAUAGCUACGGCCCGUCCGAGGAGGAUCCCAAGAACAUGGACGUCUUGAAGCUCACGUGGAAGACGAAGCAUGCUUGCGAAAAGAGGAACGAGGGUGGCAGUGGUGGCGGUGACAAGGGCGGCAGCGGUGGCAGCGGCGAUGGUGACAAGGACAAGGACAAGGGAGGACAGGACGAAAGCAAGCACUGGGGCUUCUUUACCUGGAUGAUUAUUCUCGUAUUCCUCGGCGUCGCGGCAUACCUCAUCUUUGGCUCUUGGCUCAACUACAACCGGUACGGCGCGCGGGGCUGGGACCUCCUCCCGCACGGCGACACGAUCCGCGACGUUCCUUAUCUUAUGCAGGAUUGGAUCCGCAGGGUGGUGCAGACCUUGCAGGGUGGUGGGAGCAGAGGAGGGUACAGCGCUGUGUGAGAAAGAAUCUUCUUUUAUUUUAUUUUUUGAAAAGAGGGUGAUUUUUUUGGGAGGGGAGGGAGAGCGGUUCUUUUAUUUUGUGUGUGAAGAAAGUUGAUACAGGCUUUGUUUCUUUUGUUCUUCUGUUUAAUUCUCCUUUUCCUCCUGAUCUCUUCUUGCCACGAUUUUUUCCGCCUCCUUUGUCCCGUGUAGUCGUAGGUUUGUGUUGUUGCUAGAGUCCCGUCACAUGUUGCAUAUUCUAUAGAGAAAACCAUUUUGCACAAGGUGUAAUUCCGUACAUAUCGACCCCGGACG